AAAAGAAAAGAAAAGCAAAACAUUGGAAGGAUACGGUUUUUGAAUUAUCUCUCCGCCCCCUCUUUCAUUUCUUCUCUUCUCCGGCAGCCUCUCUCUCUCUUUCUCUCUCUCUCUCUCUCUCUCUCUCUCUCUCUCGUCCCUUCGAGACUGUCGGGAUCUCUGUAUUUAUUUAAUUCAGAUCCCUUAUUUAUUGAUUGAUUUAUUUAUUUAUUUAUUUUGUUGGCAAUAUUGAGAAAUGGGUGCGUACAGAGCCGAUGAUGAUUACGAUUAUCUGUUCAAGGUGGUGUUGAUCGGCGACUCUGGCGUUGGAAAAUCCAAUCUCUUGUCCCGUUUCACUAGAAAUGAAUUCAGCCUUGAAACCAAAUCAACGAUCGGCGUUGAGUUUGCCACCCGUAGUAUUCGUGUUGAUGAUAAGAUCGUCAAGGCUCAGAUUUGGGACACCGCCGGCCAAGAAAGGUACAGAGCGAUCACAAGCGCAUACUACCGAGGAGCGGUGGGGGCAUUGAUAGUGUACGACGUGACACGACACGUAACAUUCGAGAACGUGGAGAGAUGGUUAAAGGAGCUAAGAGGGCACACAGAUCACAACAUAGUGAUAAUGCUGGUGGGGAACAAGGCAGACUUGCGGCACCUGCGGGCAGUGUCGACGGAGGACGCACAGGCAUUCGCCGAGAGAGAGAGAACAUAUUUCAUGGAAACCUCAGCCUUAGAGUCCUUCAACGUCGAGAAUUCCUUCACCGAAGUCCUCACACAAACCUACCGCGUCGUCAGCCGGAAAAUCCUCGACAUCGGCGAUGACCCCACCGUCCUCCCCAAGGGACAGACCAUCGACAUUGGCUCCAAGGAUGAUGUCUCCGCCGUCAAGAAGGCCGGCUGCUGUUCUUCAUAGCAACCCUCCCCCUCCCCCACCACACCACUUCGGCAGUGCCAAUCUGGGAUUCAAAUGGGUCUUUUUUUUUCCUUUUUUUUUUGUUCUUAUUAUGUAUGAUCUGAUCUUGUGUUCUUCUGAUUUUUUCUUUUUUUCUUUUUUUCCUUGGCGUCGUAUGUUCAUGCAUAAUUUCUAGUGGCCCUUUUACUUAGGUAGGUUGUACCUAUGAAUUUGAUCCAUGCUUAGAAGAAGAAUUAUUGGGAGGAAAAGUUAUGGAAAAUGUACCUAUA